AUUUACAAAAAGAAUAAAAAAGUAAAAAACAAGUUUCAAAAACAGUUGCAUUUGACCAUGUCAAGUGGCCAUUCUUGUUUUUCACACCUGAACUUCGUCUGUAUAAAUAAUAAGAUUGAAUGUUGAUCUGCUGUUUGGUCCGCCCCAGAAAGGUUAUGGCGAUUUUCAUGAGAUUUGUGUUGCUAUUACUAGUUUAUUCUACUCUUACUCUUCUUGUUUCUGCACAGAAUCAAUCAGGAUUCAUCAGCUUGGACUGUGGGUUACCAGGGAAUUCUCCAAACUAUACUGAAACAACAACAGGCAUAAUUUAUACUUCGGAUGCUGACUAUACAGACACUGGCUCUUCAUACUCUGUGCCAGAUGAAUAUACAAUUAAUAUGCAACGACAGAUGUGGCAUGUCAGAAGUUUUCCUGAAGGGAAACGAAAUUGCUACAGAUUAAAUCUUACCAGCGGUGGGAAAUAUUUAAUAAGGGGAAGUUUCUUGUAUGGAAACUAUGAUAGAUUGAACAAACUGCCUCAAUUUGAUCUCUACGUGGGGCCUAAUUUUUGGGAAACAGUCAUAAUAUCAAAUGCCUCUACUUCUAUAUUCCCGGAGAUAAUUCAUGUUGUUGCUUCAAAUUAUUUGCAUGUGUGUCUGGUGAAUACUGGUUCCGGGACACCUUUUAUUUCAGCACUAGAGUUAAGGCCUUUGAGAAGCACAGCUUAUGUAACUCAGACUGGAUCUCUGGAAAAUUUUGUGCGAUUGGAUAUGGGUUCAACAUCGGGUAAAACAAUCAGGUAUAAAGAAGAUGUUUAUGAUCGUGUUUGGACCGCGUAUUAUUUCAAUAAGUGGUCAAACUUGAGCACUUCGCUUACCGUUGAUGCCAAUGUUAGCAAUGCUUACCAACCAGCACCGAUUGUCAUGGAAACUGCUGCCAAACCGACUAAUGAGAGCAUGCCCCUGAAUUUCUACCUGGAACCAGAUAAUAAUCCCAAUUCCCAAUUUUAUGUUUACAUGCAUUUUGCUGAACUUGAAGAGCUGAAAGCAAAUGAGACCAGACAAUUCAACAUUACUCUGAAUGGAGAACUUUGGUAUGGACCUUUUAGUCCAGAUUACCUGAAAACGACCACCGUAUUCUCUACAAAAGCCUUGACUGGUGGAACAUACAACUUCUCAAUCAUCAGGACUAGAAAUUCAACUCAUCCGCCAAUCAUUAACGCCAUUGAGGUUUACACAGUGGUAAAACUCCCGCAGUCGCAAACUGACCAACAAGAUGUUGAUGCAAUUACAAAUAUCAAGUUGGUCUAUGAAUUGAAAAAAGAUUGGGAAGGGGAUCCUUGUGCUCCUCAGGCUUUCUUGUGGGAGGGCCUUAAUUGCAGCUAUGGUGGUACAGAUGAUCCACCAAGAAUCACAUCCUUAAACUUAUCUUCAAGUGGAUUAACAGGGAACAUAACUACUUACCUGUCAAAUCUCACCAUGAUUACAUCUUUGGACUUGUCAGACAAUAAUCUGCGAGGACCUGUCCCGGAAUCUCUCGCUCAAUUGACCUCCUUGAAAUUCCUAAACUUAGAAAGGAACAAUCUUUCUGGCUCAAUUCCUGCCCAGCUGAUUGAGAAAAGUAACAAUAAAUUACUAACAUUAAGACUAGAGGGAAAUCCAGAACUUUGUCACGCAGUUUCAUGUGAAAAGACAAAGGAAAAGAACAACAUAGUUAUUCCAGUGGCAACAUCUGCGGCUGUAGCUUUCAUCCUCUUAGCUGCAUUAAUUAGCUGGUGGAGCUUUAAAAGAAGAAAGCACAAAGGUAAGAGAGUGGACACCAGAUCCAUCUCCUCAUUUGAGUCGUUUGAAGGAAACAAUCGGCAAUUCUCUUACUCUGAUGUCCUGAAAAUGACUAACAACUUUGAAAGGGUUCUUGGGAAGGGAGGAUUUGGAACAGUUUACCACGGUUACAUAGAUAAUGAUAUUCAAGUAGCUGUAAAGAUGCUCUCUCCAUCAUCUGUGCAAGGGUAUAAGCAGUUUCAAGCAGAGGUCAAGCUUCUUUUGAGAGUUCACCACAGAAACUUAACAACUCUUGUGGGGUAUUGUGAGGAGGACACCAACAUGGCACUCAUCUAUGAGUUCAUGGCUAAUGGGAACUUGGAAGAGCAUCUAUCAGAUAGUAGCAAAGAUGUCUUAAAUUGGGAAAAGAGACUUCAAAUAGCGGUCGAAGCAGCUCAAGGAUUGGAGUAUUUGCACCACGGGUGUAAACCACCAAUUGUCCACAGAGAUGUGAAGUGUACUAACAUCUUAUUAAACGAUAAAUUUGAAGGGAAACUGGCUGAUUUUGGGCUUUCCAGGACUUUUCCUGUUGAGGGUGUCUCUCAUGUUUCAACUAUUAUUGCUGGAACCCCUGGAUACCUUGAUCCUGAGUACUAUAUAUCUAAUAGGUUAACGGAAAAGAGUGAUGUGUAUAGUUUUGGGGUUGUUCUCCUAGAGAUAAUAACAGGCCGGCCUGUGAUUUCAAAAACACUUGAAAAUGACAAUGUUCACAUAAGUCAUUGGAUUAGCUUUAUGCUUGCCAAGGGAGAUAUCAGAAGUACUGUUGAUCCAAGGUUAAAGGGAGAUUUUGACAUUAACUCUGUGUGGAAAGCUGUGGAAAUAGCAAUGACUUGUGUAUCUUCAACUUCUGUUAGAAGACCUACAAUGAAUGCUGUAGUGAUGGAGGUAAAGGAGUGUUUAGCAAUGGAGACAGCCCGAAAAAGGAAGGACUCUAGCGACCUCGAAUCAAAUGAUUAUGCUGAAACGAUGACUUUGAAUAUCAAUGCAGAAUUCUCUCCCUUAGCAAGGUAGCCAUUCUGCCAGCUGAUAGUGUUUAUAUUAGGACUUCAUAAGCAAUAUAGAAAGAAAUAAUUUAAGACUUUUAGCCAGAGAUGGCUUUAACACUGUUUGUUUGUAAACUCAUUGUGAAUAUGGAUUUUAUUAUUUCAUAAAGCUUAGAGAAGACAAAUAUAUGUCAAUUGUAACUGAAUUAGCGUAAUUCAUCUUGACCACACUUUUUA